GCCUAAACCCUCACAAAGGAUGGAGUUUGUGGCGGCCUGGACCCUCACAAAGGGUGAACUUUUUAAAAUCAGUCUGUCAUUUGUGGCAGCCUGUGCCCUAACAAAGGCAGUAUUUUGUGGCUGCAAAGGCCAUCACAAAGGCAUACAUUUUGUGGCUGCAAAGGCCCUAAAAAAUGACAACGUAUUUUUCAAACUUUGUGGCUGCAAAGGCCCUCACAAAUGUUUGUGACCAACUUAUUUGUGGCUGCCUAAGGCUGCCACAAAUAGCCCCUUUGUGGUUGUUUUUUUACCCUUUGUGAGGGCUUUUGGCCCUAAAAAAUUCCUUGUUUUCUUGUAGUGGUAGUCCGGUUGACAGGUCUGUCCUAAGGACAUAUGGGGAUCAUGUUGCGACACGACUAUGAGACGGUGUGGUAAAUUUUUGAAUCAAAUUAAAUUUUUAAUAGUUGCUUAAUGUGUUUUAACUUAUAUUUGUUCCGUUAAUUUAUUUCAAGAUUGCGGAGAGUUAAGGAUUUUUAACAACGGCAAAAAAUUAAAAGAAGCUGUCAUUGAAAAUCAAGAGGUUGAGGAACUUGUUAAAAGUUCUGGUUUAUAUACGUUGCUAAAAUGCAGCUACGAGAUGAUCGACAAAUGUCUAAUUUCUAUCUUUGUCGAGAGAUGGCAUCGCGACACCAACAAAUUUCAUCUUCCAAUUGGGGAGAUGACCAUUACUCUGGAUGAUGUCUCUUUGCUGCUGCAUAUACCAAUCACUGGUGCAUUCUUCAAUGUUAAUAUACUUAACAAGGAUGACGCUGCAGAAUUAUUGGGUGAGCUUCUUGGGGUUAGUAUGACUGCUGCAUAUGCUGAGUUUAACUUAACGCGAACAACCGAUGUUCGGUAUAGUUGGUUGCUUGACGUAUACCAUCAGCGAUGUGCUGAUCAGCAUUGACAAAUGGCUGCGAGGGCAUUUCUUUUAUUUUUGGUGGGUUGCACCUUGUUCAACGACAAGAGUGCUUUCGCGGUGAGUGUUGCCUACCUUGUAUGCUUUAGAGACCUCAACUCAUGCGGGCGAUAUGCAUGGGGUGCUGCUGCACUUGCUUUCCUAUACGACAAUCUUCGAGAAGUGAGCAUGCAUCAGACUAGAACGGUAUCAGGGUAUCUGACACUAUUACAGGCGUGGGUGUAUGAGCAUUUUCCAGCAUUAUGUGCAAAUUCUAUCUCAGAUUUAUGUUGAGGACUAUCCUAGAGCACUUAAAUGGAAGCCAAAACAAGAUAAAGGUUUGGUUAUUCCAUUUAGGAAAGCACUCGACGAGAUUGAUGACAUAUGUUGGACACCCUACAAUGAGCAUAAACCGAAGCGACCAUUUGAGGUUGUUUCAUUAUUCAGAGGGUGGAUACAUUGGGGUUCCAAGAUGUAUGCUCACUUGCCAUAUAGGGUAUUGCGUCAAUAUGAACAUGUCCAAAACAUCCCUACUUCACCUUUGGAGAUAGUAGGUCAGACGACCACACCAGAGGAAAUGGGCAUAAUGUUUACGCAAUACGUUGUACAUGUAGUUGACGCUGGAGCAGUUGUAUACAGACCUGCAGACUGCGCGAAUGAGUACAUGGACUGGUUUCGUCGGAUUUCUCAUCCAUAUAUCAUUCGUAGAGAACCGGUCUAUGUAGCUCAUUCGAUUGCAGAACCUGCCGAUGGUGAUCAUGAUCCAAUUCAAACAACGCGUCGAGCAAUACAAAUUGCAGAGGAGCUUCUUGGUCGACAGUUGGUAUAACCUGAUGGCAUCACACUCGUGAAUGAACUAAUUUUGGUGUUGCGAUCUCAGAGAGAUGGUUGUAGAGAUUGGACCAACGUAGUGCCAUAUCGUAGGAGACAUAAAGAGACUUAGGAUUUGGAUUUGUAUUUUGGAUAUAUAUUUUGGACAUCAUUUUGGAUAUAUAUAUAUUGAAUAUCUAUUUUGGAUUUCGACAAUAUUAAACAACU